GUCAACAGAAAAGCUGUAUGGUGAUAAUAAAAGGUAAAACCAGAAAAAAAGGGGAACAAUGUGCAGAAGCAGUGUCAACAGCUGUGGUAAACAUAUUAUUUAUAGCUGCAAUGAUCCAGCAGAAGCAGCUUUAAUAUUAUUUCCAUCUUUAGGUGAAACAUAUUAUAGCCUACAGCAACAUUAGCAGUCUAAUAUGUAUAAAGUAGGAAGUGUAUUUCAUAUUAUUAUAUCAGGGUUUGAAUGUAUUUAUUUUUUAUGCCAGGUCUCCAGUUUUCAGUAGGAACGGCUCCUAAAACUGCCUGCUAUUCUGCUUCCAACCUCUAGAGGGAGCGCUAUUCAUUGUUGAAACAAUACUCAUGAGACUGUCGGGGUCUUUCCAAGUAUUUGGCCUUACAAAUGCGUGGAAUAUAUACUCUUAGGACACCAACUCACUGCUAAGGAGACAGGUUUUGUUUGUUUUUUUUAUCUUCAGCAGGUCGGACACAAACUGGACACUUUAUUCUAAUGCAUCAAGUUAUCUUUUGGUCAUGUUGUGUUUUUAUUUGAAACUCCUUUUUCAAGGGAAACACUUUUGUUGGCAAAUAUGCAAAUAUGCAAAUAUUAAGGUUAAGCUGUAAAUGGUUCUACUUCUGAGAUUUGACUUGCUCUACUUUGUGUGCAUGUCAGCAGUGUAGUGUGUCACAAAAUUACUUCUCAUGUAAAUCUUGGAAAAUGCUGCACUGCUCUUUUUCAGGAGAGAGGAAAGUGAGAGGUACAACCACGUGAAAACACUGUGAUGGUUUGGAGUUGCGUUUUUUGCUUUUUGCCAGUGAUGUUGAGGGUCUUGUUAAAAGUUGUGUAACUGUGAACAUAUAAAAGUACCGUCAGGUUUGGAUCCACUAUUCAAUACUGUAAUACAUCUUAGAAGAGUUUGACUGACAACAGUUUCAUAGUUUCGUUUUUCAACAUGACAGUGGUUGCAAAAACCUUGCCAGUGCAUUAAAGGCGCACCUGGACAAAAAAAUGAAUUGGCAUCCUCAAUUCAUUUUUAUUUUAUGCUGUAACAUCUUUGAGAAUAAUAUAACAGCCACAAAGUAUCACAGAUUUUCUAUAAGUCUACAUGUCACUGUGACAUUCACUCUGCUGCAAUUCUCCAUCAGCAAGGACAGAUGUGUUACAUUAGACGGGAUAAGUUAUUGAUCCCCGUCCUGCACUCUGCUGCCGGGAAUUCUCCCGGAAGAGUGUACUGCACAUCCAACCCCCACCAACUGCUUUUCUGUGCAUCUCUCCGUCUCUUCUCUCUCUCUCUCUCAUCUCAGUAUGCUUAGCUUAUCUCUCUUGUUUUUUCCUCGAUAAGGUUCCUGCAAUGCAUUAAAAUCAGGGGACUUACUUGGGCCGACUGAAUGCAAGAGUUAAAACAUUUCGGGGGUGGAGCCGCACUGGUGAUUUCAUUGGAUAGUUUAAACUUGCUUUCUAAGAGGAAAUGCACUAACAAAGGAAUAAGGAAAAGGGAUGAAGAGCUUCAUUUGUGGAUGUCCUCAGGUCAGAUGAUACAGGAUGACGAGGAGGGACUACCAGUCACCUGCUUCUGCUUUCAAAGAUGCUGCUCAACCUGUGAACCGUGGAGGAGCACUGACUCCAGAUCAAGCUUGGUAACAGCAUCAUCAUCCUUCUCCCUCUGUCGCCAGCGCCGACGGAUCAAGCAACUAGCGUUUGCUUUGCUUGAUCUUUUUGGUACAGAUUCCCCACUUGGACAAGACUUAGUUUAAAUGUGUGGGACACAGUUUUAACACAAAAAAUUUCAAUAUGGCCGCCCGCCAAGAUCACCACAAUAAGUUUAUCAGUUUCAGCGAUGACUGUAUGCCAGCACAACUUUUUAGUGACAUUUACUCCUUGCAGAAUUGCAAUACUUUUCUUGGGAAUAGUGAUUGUCUUAUCAGUGACAACAACAAUACGACAGCUAUGAAAAGCUCCACUGUCCAAUGCCCCUUCUGUCCGAACACUAUCUCUGAGAAUGACCAGAGGGAAAAUGUUGACAGAGACAAUUUAAAUACUGCCAACCAAAGAAGACUUCCAACAUCCUCUCAAAACUACAAUCAUCCAGGAGAAUCAUGCGGACAGGACAGGAAAGUGAAAAUAAGGAAGAGUGUGUCAUUUGAUGAUGAUGUCAUUGUCUACCUGUUUGAUCAGGAGAGUCCAACUCUGGAGAUGCACUUUGAGUCUUACACGUCUCUGAUGAGCAGCUAUUCCUCCAACCUGCCAGGCGACACAUUAGAAGAUAAUGCCUUCGAAUGGGAGGAUGACUUCUCGGCUUUGGAGAAGAGCUGCCAUUUUCAGUAUGACGGGCACUCUCAUCCCUACAGCCUACUGCAGACACAUAACCGGACCGCCCAGUCCAGACCAGAGAAUGGCUGUCUACCCCAAACCUGCCUUUUCCUCACCUAUGUCACUGAGUCCGACCUCGAGUGAGAUAAGGGUUUGUUGAACCUGAGAUCUGUUCUGUCAGAGAUAAGGGGAGUAGCAAGAUGAAAUCCAAAGGGAAGGCUGUGAAGCCAUCCAGAAGGACCUGGUCCGACCCGGAGCCGGAAUUCGAGCCAGACACAGAGCCGGGCUCCAGCGAGCAGGAAGGCUCAGAGGCCUCGGUCCGGAUCCGUGGCUCCUGGAGGGGCUCUCUGAGGAGCGGCAAUGGCAAGAGGCAGGGAGGAGGCCGGCGACGCAAGCACGGCUCCAGCACCAAAGAGCGCAGCAUCCGUCGACUGGAAAGCAACGAAAGGGAACGCCAGCGCAUGCACAAACUCAACAACGCCUUCCAAGCGCUGCGCGAGGCCAUCCCGCAUGUGAAAACCGAGAAGAAGCUGUCCAAGAUCGAAACGCUGACCCUGGCUAAGAAUUACAUCAAAGCUUUGACCACCAUCAUCCUGGAUAUGUCAGGGGGCUGCCUGCCUGCUGGCGGGGUCCCUUCAGAGGCCAGCGCUGCCAAGCUCCUCCAGUGCUACCAGCAGCACCUGGAGGAAGAGGGGGAGGAAGGUCUCACCCAAUACCUCACCAGCAUGCAUAGCUUCAGCCAGCAAAGCUAACAGUAAGAUUAAAGCAAGGGGAGCCACCAGGAGGAGGGCUGGACAAAUCAAACAUUACCCACUUCCUACAGUCACACUCUUAGAGACGUUCAGCUGUGUUUUCUGUAGGAAGUGGGCUCCCCCCCCAGAUCAUAGACCUCUAAUAAAUGCUAGCAAGAGGUGAGCUGUGCAGAACUCCAUGCAAAAUAUGGAAGGAUUUUAUACAGCAGACAUGAAGAAUGCAGACUGGAAAGUGAAACCAAAUGGACCAUAGUUGUGUAAUGUAUGUGCCCAGGAAAGAAGGGCUGCUUUUUUUUUCACCCUCAUGUUUUUUUUCCUUCUUCUUCUUGCGUGUUGUGGUUUAAACUGGGGAAGGGGAUUGUUCUCUUUUGUGUUAUCUUGCCAUCUUCUUGUAUCGACUCUUGAGAAACCUGCUCAGUGUAACCUCGAGCCAUAACUGUUGCAUCCAUGAAAGAAAGACAACCAAGCAGAAGGCUUAAAUAUUGAGGUGUUGCUGCAAGAAAGCGCUCACAAUGAUAAUCCACCCUUGAUCUGAACGCGUAGCUCAUUUCUCUUCUUCUGCACACAGAAGAGUUCUUAAAGGCACAGAUGCUAUUUAACGUGUAUGUUACUUGCUUAUCCCCUCUCCCUGCUGUGUUUCAAUGUGUGUUUAAGCUGCAAACUUUGUGUGAAACAUCAUAACGGGGAAAAAAAAAACAUUUGAG